AUGACGUCAGAUGCUGAGUACGCCGAUCUGAUUGAGCCUUACAACACGCGCCUUCCGUUCUUCCCAGCGGUGGUUGUACUCCCAACGACCAACCAACACGUCCAAGAUGCCGUGGUAUGUGCAGGGAAAUCCGGCCUCAAAGUCCAGGCAAAGUCUGGCGGACAUUCAUAUUCGAGCACCGGGUUGGGUGGCAAGGACGGAUCCAUGAGCAUUAACCUUCAGUCACUACAGACAGUUCAGCUUGACACGUCUUCCGGGAUUGCCACAGUCGGCGGAGGUGUUCGUCUUGGCAACCUCGCAGAUGCCCUCUGGAACCAAGGCAAGGCAUCUAUUUCUCAUGGUACCUGCCCUGGUGUUGGCAUUGGAGGCCAUUACACACACGGUGGCUACGGUCCCACUUCACGCAACUACGGUCUUGCCAUGGACCAGAUUGUCGCAGCCGAUGUUGUCCUUGCGAAUGGCACACUCAUCAAAGCCACUUCAACAGCCUAUCCCGAUAUUUACUGGGCUGUGCGUGGUGCUGCAGAUUCUUUUGGUAUCGUUACCACGUUCUAUUUGCAAACUCGCCCAGCGCCAGCAAGCAUUACCUACUUCGCAUUUCCCUUCGCUGGCGUGUUCGAUUCGAAGACCAAGUUCACCAACACCUUCCUCCACCUUCAGGACGUUGCCAAAAACGCUUCAGUUGUCGACGACAAAAUUUCCUUUGGUAUCUACCUUGAUGGGUACGGCACAUUCAGUCUCAGCGGCGCCUACUUUGGCAGCGUUGCAGAUUUCAACUCGAAGGUCAAGACCGAGCUUCUGCGCGGCCUUCCCUCCUCAACCGCAACCGUCGAGUCGAUGAACUGGUACGACUACCUUGUCAAGCUAUCAGGCGAAAGUACUCUCAAGACUUCCGUCACCGGUUAUGAUGUGCACGACGACUUUUUCGCAAAGUCCGUGACAGUGCCCGAAUCCGACGGCCUCGCCUCCAACACGAUGGAUGCCCUGUACGACUAUCUAAAGACUGCAGAUGGCACGGAUUACUACAUGAUCAUCAAUCUUUACGGCGGUCCAGGCAGCGCCAUCAACUCAAAGGAUACCAACUUCGCAGCUUACAACGACCGCGAUAGCCUCUGGGUGCUGCAAAACUGGGGCUAUGGCGGCAACUCUGUCGACUUCAUCAAUGGCAUCAACAGUGCCAUCAUCAACGCGCAGCCGCAGACCAAAUUUGGUGCGUAUCUAAACUACGUGGAUCCGAGUUAUGAUGCUGCGACGGCGCACAAACUGUACUAUGGAGACGCGGUAUACUCGCGGUUAGCAGCAUUAAAGAAGCAGGUUGAUCCACAAAGCGUUUUCUGGCAUCCUCAGGCUAUUGGGGCUUAG